UCAAGGGAACAGGGGCUCUCAGGUAGCUGACAAAAGCAGUCUAACCGCAAAUUAUAGCUUUAGUGAAGGAUUAGAUCAUUUUUCUAUGAUGGCAGAUUCUGAAGAAACCGAUUGUUUAUCAGUGUUAUCGGAGAAAGAAUUAAAAAGCCCCGAGAAAUUAGCUAUUUCCAAAGAGGAGAUCAGAAUUAGGAAGUUGAGGCCCAGUUCUGCCAUUCAGCCAAACCUGGACUUUGAGAGUGAGCCAAGACAAAGUGAGGAAAGGUCCCCUACAAGAGAAAGGACAUUUUAUACGAAGAGCCGUGCCUUCUCUAGGCAAAGGGGUGGUCCUUGCAUUAAAAAAAUAAUAAGUCAAGAGGUAAACUCUCCCACAGUAACAGAAAAUCAUGCUUGUUCUCCUGUUUCCAGUGAUGCCUUUGGAGGCACAUCUUCUUUGUUGAGUAAUUCAGCCGGUUCUACCAUACAAAGUCUAAGGUCAGAUACUGUGGUGCCAUCAGCUUCCACAGGUCCAUUGUCAGAUAUAUCUGCAGACUUAAACAUAUCGCACACUGAAAAAGUAGCAAAUUUCCCACUACACAAAGCAAUAGGAAGUAUAGAUAAACCUUCCACAACACCCACACUUGAUCCAGAACAAACGUAUCAGCUCCCGGGAGAUCCUGACAGCCCUUUGGGGGCGAAUGAAAGACUCCAGCUGAUGAGUCAGAUGGGAAGGACAGCAGCCAAACCCCCAACGGUGCCCCCCAAGACAGAAAAGGCAUUGCGGAGGGCAAAGAAGCUGGCAAGUAGGAGGAAAAAGAUGGAAGCUCAACAGAAAAAGCUUCAGGAGGAAACUUUGCCCCAGAAUGAAGAUGCUUCAUGCCUGACACCAGCCCCAUCUCUGCGGCCCCUCGUCUGCCCUGACUCUCCCUUGACUGCCCCAAAAGGUGGUCCGAUAAAGCAUCGGCCUUUGCUCUCGUCGAGUCCCUCCCCCUCUUUGCCUGCCACUCAGCGAAAGCUGCUUCAGGAUCCGGAUUCAGGGGAAUACUUUAUGGUAGAUUUGCCUCUUCAGUUAAAGACGCUCUAUGAUCCGGAGAGCGGUAGAUAUGUCCAGGUGUCCGCUCCUUCCUCCAAAAGGAACUUGUCUCGAACACCUUCUUCAGAAGUCUCCUUUCCCACCUGUGCCUGGGGUCCCAGCACUCUCCCACCCAGGGUGGCUUCUGUUCCCACCCUCCCAUCAUCCACUACGCUUCCCGGAGUGUUUGUGAAGGCCUCAGGUGAGCCACUGAGGGUCUCCUGCCCAGGGCCUUUGGAGGGUCUGCUCUGCCCAGACCCACCCCUGCCCAAUAUUCACAGCCAGAGUGCCGAUGGGUCCCCCUCAAACUCCGAAAAGGGUAGAGGCUCCCCUGCCCCUCCGACAGGGGAGGGUACGAAGGCUUCGGCCAAAGAGUUUGCGGUUGAAGGUGCACCGCCAGAGUCUUUGCUGUAGCUUUAGAAGAAUUGCUAGGCAUACCUGAAAGCACAAAAGGUGAGGAUUGCCACUUGCACAGCAAUUAUAACAAAAUAACGUCACUUUCUGGCCUUUUUGUUAGAUCAAGUGUAGAAUAAGAAAAUAUACUAAUGCGAAUUCACUUUUUUAUUUACUCUGAAGAAUUCUAAUCUAUUCCGUACAUCGGAUGUACAACACAGAAAUACUUUGACCUGACUGUCUACGGGCUGGGUGGGAGCGAUCUGUAUUUGUACCUCACGGCUCGGUUCCUCACGAUCAAAAACGUAAUUCUGAGUUCAAACAUCAGGUUUUAUAUGGUCUGAAGAGAAACGAGUAUAACGUCAGGUUUUGAAACUGGGUGGAUUGAACUGGGUCAGAUUGAUAUAUUUGAAAUGAAAUGUGCCCACAUUUCACAGUUCUAUUUUCUAUUGCUUAUUUUGUGGGCAACACAGCGGAGAAGAAACUAGCAUUUUUUU